AAUUCUCAUAAAACAGUUUUCCAUUCUGAACUUUGCCAGGUGGUCUACACUCAGGCACAGACUCUUCAUACUCUUGCUACUCAUCUUCUCGGUUGGACGCUUUUAGCAAACAAUUCAACUUCAGGGCUUCCUCCGUUAGUAUCCCCAAUAGAUGAUGGUCCAGUCGCGGUUAAGUUGUUUGCUUCACCAUCUGGAAGAUUCAUUGUUUGCCUUCAGGCCAGUGCCUAUUCCGGUGUCCAACUAUUUGCUGCGCGCGCCUCUCCCUCUAACGAACCGAAUUCUACCUUUCAGCCGAGCUCCCUUUCUGGGCGAGGUCAUUUUAUUUCCUUGCGUCAGGUUGGAAGUGAUGGUCUUCCGCAAGGACCUUGGGGGUUGCGCUUUCGCGAAGUCGAUCUAGAUGCUAUCACAGGCCCACACACAGUGGCUCGCGUGGAAGUUGUAAUGAUUGCUUUGAAUUAA